AUGCAAGAAGAAAAGAGAAAAAAGUUCUUCGUAAUGAAUCCAGCAAGAGUAGAAAGUGCACUCAGAUCACAAGAAUUCUUGUUCAGAUGUGAUCCAUACAGUGCGAAAAUAUUCUCAUACCCCAGGGACUAUAAGAUAUCUAACACUAAGGAAUACAUAGAAGGAAAAAUCCUCUCAAUGUCACUGUGGUCAAUAAUAGCAAUAGAUCACCUGGAGAUAAACGAGAAUUCAAAAAUACUUGACAUGUGCUGUGCACCUGGAAUGAAGCUAGUAUAUGCAGGACUGCUUAUGCAAGCAAGUGCACCAGCAGGUAAGCAGAUAUAUGGUACAAUCACAGGAAUAGAUAUUUCCAGGAGUAGACUAAGUAUAACGAAAUCACUCAUUCAGAAGUAUAAAGUACCUAAUGUAAGAUUACUUCUAGGGGAUAGUGCAUCCUUUACAAGUACUCCCGUAUAUCCUGUCUCUAAGGAAGAAGUAAAAAGUGAAAUUCACCCGUGCAGAUGCAAGAUGGAGGCAGAAGGUGUAAGAGGAAGUGCAUUUUACACAAGCACAAGUCUUAGGCGUAUAGGACAUAAGCACAAAGAAGCCAAAUAUGAUAGAAUAAUCGUAGACCCAGAGUGCUCACAGACUAGCACAGUGAAAUAUGCAGAAGGACAGACUCCAAAACCAAAGAAUUAUGCACAAGAACAGUUGGAAAUUCUAUCUCACGGGAUAAAUAUGCUAGCAGUAGAUGGAAUUCUGAUCUAUUCCACAUGCACAUUCGAAGAAGAAGAGAAUGAAGGCGUAAUUCAAAUGGCUCUUAAAAAUAAUCCACAUAUAACCAGGAUUCCAAUUGAAAAACAAACACUUUAUAAGUACGGAGUAAGCACAAAGAACAUAAAAACAGAAGAAACAGUUAAGCUACCAUUCAGCGAUAGUUUAUUCAUAGCUAAAUUAAAAUACGGCAAGCAAAUAACAAAUUAA